CAGAGAUGCAUACAGCCAGGAGCUCUUCUGUACCCUGGAGGAGGCUAGCCAGUCACAGCUGUUGAAUCUUGGCGAAGCGUGAACAGGAGAGGAGGCCCCUGAGCUGACCUUGGGAGCCCAGCCCCUCUCUUUGUUACCGCUGGCUGAACGGCUGUACAGAACUAGAAAGUGGCCAUGAAGAACCAAGGAGGACUUUCUGCGUGAUGUUAUGAUGCACUCUGCUGCCGAGAAACAGGAAUUGAAGGAGUGGUGGGACAAUGAGAAGAGACCGAAAGGAAAUGCGGCAUGCCAGAAUGAAGCUACAAAGCAGCUCUUAAAUGUUAUGGAGUGACAAAUGGACAUGCUCCAGUUGCUGUGUCCUGCUCUGGAUUAUAUGAGGAAAACCCUUCUUUACUGAGUCCCCAUCCCAGACUGUCUCCAGGCAAAAAUGUGAUGAUGUCAUCUGAUCAGUCUUCCAGUCCAGAAACCUCUUGUACCUAUGGGUCCAUUUGCUCCUGGGUAACAUCUACAGACACCUCCGGAAAACCAGACUGGGUGCUAUCUUCAAUGAGUGCCUUGGUGUCGCAGCAGCAACAUCAAGUUCUGGAAAACCAUUCAUCCAGAGGAGACAAAGAAGGGAACAUUCUCCUCCUGAACACCAGCAGGUUCUUGGAUAGAUGUGAGUUCAGUCUGCAUAGCCCCAUCCUGCCAUGGAGUGUGGAGUCCUGCUUGCUGGAGCUGGCCAUAUAUUCAUGGGACACUGCUCCUCCUCUCCAGGGAUUCACAGUUGAAAUCCGACAUGUGGAGACAAACCGGAACAUAAUCAUCCCUCUGAGAGAUGGGCAAGAGGAGAUCACCUGGGUGAAGUGGAAAGUACUCAUGGCUCAGAUCGGCGAAGUGGAGAGGCCUUUUGAGAUCUCCCUGCUGUAUUCAACCUGUGGAGCACAAGGGGGUGGGCUCUUGGCAUUGGGCUCCUUGCAGUUCAGGGACUGCUUCCAUGAAAAAGAAAGAAAGGAUCUUUCCACAUAUGACAAGGGCUCCACUUUCCCCUGCCCUCACAGUGGCUGUGUCAGCCACUUGAAGGUCUGUGAUUUUCACAGUGAUUGCCCUGCCAAAGAGGAUGAAGAGGCCAUAUGUGCAGACAGUCUCCCAGAAGGAGCACACUGUUCUUUUGAGCAGGGUUCCUGUGGCUGGAUAUUGAAUGACACUGUGUCUCCCUCCUGGUCCAUCAGGGGCUUUGAAGAAAUGACACAAGAAGCUCCAUUCAUGGGAUCUGCCUUGCUAGCCACCAAAGGGCACUUCCUGUACCUGCGAGCAGACAGCAAUCAGACAGGUGAUGUUGCGAGGGCUUACAGUGUCAGCCUGCCAGCCAGUCUUGCCAGUGGAGACUACCAGAUCCAAUUCUCAGUUCAUAUUUUUGGCAGUUACAAUGGCACCAUCUCAUUCUCUGUCCAGGAAGAGACAGGUGGAGUCAGUAUCUCCCCUCUGAUGUGGGAAAGAACAGGGAGCUGGAGCGACCGCUGGUUUCUCAUCACCCUGCAAAUGCCAGUGCUCCAGAACAGGUUUCACCUGCAGCUUCUAGCAACCUGGGGUUGGAAUUCCCAAGCUGACAUUGCGAUGGACAAUAUUACUUUUGGAGUGAGCUGCUUCCCUGAUGGAAGAAGACAAAGCCAUUCUGCUGGAAAGCACCAAUACCCACAGGAAAUCAGUAUCAUGGAUGAGAAUCUGUUGAACCCACUGGAAGAGCCCUCCCUUUCAGGAAAUGUGCCUAAUGUUCUUUGGUGGUUCACAACCUGUGGUGCCAGUGGCCCCCGAGGACCAACUCAAGCACAGUGCGACAAUGCCUAUUACAACACCAACGUCUCAGUGACUGUAGAGAAAAAGGGACCACUCCGAGGGGUGCAAGUGUGGAGAGUGCCAGCAACAAACCAAUACUUAAUAUCUGCAUAUGGAGCAGCUGGAGGGAAAGGAGCCAAGAACCACAAGAAGAGAUCGCAUGGGGUCUUCAUCUCGGCCAUCUUCCAGCUGGAGAAAGAUGAGCUCCUCUACAUCUUGGUGGGGCAGCAGGGGGAGGAUGCCUGCCCAGGGGGGAAUGUUCAGACCCAGAAAAUCUGCCUGGGAGAGUCGUCUCUCAUUGAAGAAGAUUACAAACUCAAAAAGGAUCUGAAGGACUGGGCUGGAGGAGGGGGUGGGGGUGGAGGAGCCACCUUCAUCUUUACACUGAAGGAUGGGGUUUUCGAACCGUUGCUCAUCGCUGCAGGAGGAGGGGGGAAGGCAUACCUGAGGAAUCAGGACAGCUCCCUGGAUGAUGUACCCCUUGAGCAGUUUGAGAACAACACAGCAGUCCCUGGAGUCAAUGGGAGAACUGGGGCAGCAGGUGGAGGUGGUGGUUGGAAAGACACCACCCUGUUUCCUCAGACUGGGAAGUCCCUCCUGGAAGGUGGAGAGGGAGGCCAGGCCUGUCCCCAGUCAUUAGCCAAACUCCAGUGGGCCACCUCAGGUGGUUUUGGUGGAGGAGGAGGAGCUUGUACAUCUGGCGGGGGUGGUGGAGGCUACAAAGGUGGGCAUGUAUCAGAUGUUGAUGAUAUCACAGCUGAUGGGCAGUAUGGUGUUUCCUUUGUGAAUCCAGCUGGGGAGAUCUUCCUACAUCCCCUGGCAGCCAUGGAGAGUCACGGGGAUGUGGAGAUUCAGGUCUACCUGAACUGCAGCCACUGCCACUCGGGCAACUGCAAGCGGCACCUUGACACCACUCUGCCGAUCUGUAUUUGUGAGAUGGGAGCCGUGCUGGCCAGUGAUAAUGUCACCUGCAUAGUUCCUCACAGCCCCAUCCCAGAGGGACACCUUCCUCUUCCGCUCCUCCUAGCUGUGGUUACUGUGAUUGUAGUGCUUGGAAUGGCUCUGGCUUGUGGCAGCCUGUCCAUCGUUUAUCACCGUAAAAAGCAGCAGCUGGAAGGAGCCAGAGCACGACUGCAGAGCCCAGAAUAUAAACUGAGCAAAAUCCGCACCUCUACCAUCAUGACAGAUUACAACCCUAACUACUGCUUUGCAGGGAAGGCUGCCACACUGAGCGAGCUGAAGGAGAUCCCCCGGAAAAACAUCUCCCUGCUUCGGGCCCUAGGGCAUGGUGCAUUUGGUGAGGUUUAUGAGGGGACUGUGGUAGGAAUCGCAGGGGAUCCCAACCCUCUUCAAGUGGCUAUCAAGACAUUGCCAGAAAUCUGUUCUGAGCAGGACGAGAUGGAUUUUCUGAUGGAAGCGCUGAUAAUCAGUAAGUUCAGUCACCAGAACAUUGUGCGGUGCAUUGGCGUGAGCCUUCAAACACUGCCUCGCUUCAUUCUGCUGGAGCUCAUGGCCGGUGGAGAUAUGAAGAGCUUCCUUCGGCAGAAUCGACCCCGGCUGAAUCAGCCAUCCACUCUGAUAAUGCAGGACCUGUUGAACAUAGCCAGGGACAUUGCUUGUGGCUGCAAAUAUCUGGAGGAGAACCACUUCAUCCACAGGGACAUAGCUGCAAGGAACUGCCUGCUGACCUGCACUGGGACAGGACGAGUAGCCAAAAUUGGUGAUUUUGGAAUGGCCCGAGAUAUAUACAGAGCCAGCUACUAUCGCAAAGGAGGGAGAGCCAUGCUGCCUGUCAAGUGGAUGCCACCAGAGGCUUUCCUAGAGGGGAUCUUCACCUCCAAGACUGAUACCUGGUCCUUUGGUGUGCUACUGUGGGAGAUCUUCUCAUUAGGCUACAUGCCCUAUCCUUGCAAAACCAACCAGGAGGUGCUGGAAUUUGUCACUAGUGGAGGAAGAAUGGAUCCACCAAAGAACUGCCCAGGGCCUGUUUACCGGAUCAUGACGCAAUGUUGGCAGCACAGUCCAGAGUACCGGCCCAAUUUCUCCACCAUUCUGGAAAGAAUCAAGUACUGCACACAGGACCCUGAUGUGAUCAACACAGAGCUGCCCAUUGAGUGUGGACCAGCAUCAGAGGAUGAGGGGAGCUCUGUGAUGUGCCCAAAUAGUUCCAGUGGGAUGGUCCCUUUCCUGGUGAACCCAUCACUCACACCUCAGCUGGCUCCCAUAACAUUAGAAACCCAUCAUGCAGGGCAUAAAGCUGGACAAUGUCCACAGGAGCUGCUGGUGGAAAACCUUGGCAAUUGGACUGGCAGAGGUCCCAGCCUACCAUGCCUCACUGAUUCCAGCAGUGGAUCAUGGUUCCAACAGACCUCGAACCAGAGGCUGGAAUCAAGCAGUCAGCCGGCACACAGACCACACAAAACCAAAAACCUUUGGAACCCAACCUAUGGAUCCUGGGUGAUGGAAAAUAUCUGUCGCUCCUGUCCCAACGCCAAACUCAAAGCAACCACAGAGCGAGAAGAUUCAGGUUUUGAUGGGAACUGCAGCUCCUCCCCUAGUUCUCGGGCAUCUCCAGCCUCUCCAAGCAGAAGCCACUGUCCUCAAAGGAAUAUCGGUGGGAUAGAACUGGUGAAGCUACAGACUUUCCCCUGCGGCAAUGUGAAUUAUGCAUAUGAUGAUCUCUGCUAUGUCACUGAUCGGCCUUCGGCUUUGGCAGUGGGUAGAGCAGGGGUGCUGAGGAGCACCAGUCUGCACAGGGAUAGGAAGCCUUUUUGUAAGCCAGAGAAAGCAGCAAGAGAGAGGGACUCUGGCCUGUCCUUGUCAGAUGACCUGAAUGUUACACCAGUAUAAUAGGAAAUGUUCCUCCAAAGGUCAGGACCUCACACUAGGAGUGUAUGUAUCUGAAAGGGCAAACUGGAACUUCUUCUUUGGUCUCUUAUUUCCUCCAUUCAGCUUUCAGAUCCUUUCAGAUGGGUAAUGUUUUAACACCAGAAGUGUUCUGCUGCAUCCUCCGACACACUGGAUUCUCAGUCUAAUGAGGAAAAUUGCAUUUGCUACUUCAUUCCAUCAAGAGUGUUCCCUCCUAUUGAGCCAGUGCCACUGAUUUCAGGAUAUAACUAACAAUGGCAUUGCUGCACUGACUCAGAGUCCCGUGGUUCACGAAAGGAAUCACUCUCAAUCUGCUCAGGUGAAAGAAAAAACAAAACAAACCUACCAUCCAAUUGUUACAGUUGGCUGGAAAUGACAAACAACAUAACCACUCUUUUGAUCUAACAUACCAAAAAUCAUGUGCUGUGGCAGCAGCAGCAAGGCCAUUGUGUUCCUCAGAGCUUUGCACAUUCCAAUCAUGCUGGUGCCCUGACAGGGAAGUAACCAAUACAGCCACGUUUGCACUUGCUUUAUCGGCAGAAAUACCAGAGGAACAUUACAUUGAAAUCAAUGCUGCAACUGAGAAAAAACAGAAGAAGUGGGAGGGGAAAAUAUUAUUUCAGGCUCCUCAGAGCAUGUUUUUAAAAACAUGAAGAGAAAACGAAUUAUGCAUUUUAAAAAACAAAUAAUGGAGUUGAUUGCAUCCCUUUGACUGGUGAAGAAAACUUGCUUCUUACCUCAGGGGCUAACUUACCUCACAGUUCCUGACCCUGGAGGUUUGGGGAAAAAGUUCUAAUCAAUGCCCAACUACACUACAUUGUGAGAAAUGGACU